AUGCUGUUAUGGUUGAAAAAAAAUUACCAAUCUUCCAUCAAUCCGAAAAUUAAAGUUCCUUCAUUCAUCGGUUCAUUCUUCAAUUGGCGUCCUAAAUCAGUAACUAUUCCUGAUGAAUCAAAAUAUCAAAAAUAUAUUGAUUCUAUCAAAGUCUCAGAUCUUAAUCGAGAGAUGAUUAAUAACAUAAUCAUGUCUAUGGUGAAAUUUUUACUUUCGGAUCUUAUGUCCGAAUAUUUAAAAAAUAGCAAACCAGAAAUUCCAGAAAGAUCAUAUAGUCCUCGAGAUCUCUGGUCCAAUCAAUGGCAUCAAAUAUAUAAUCAAAUUUUUCAAGAAUUGGGCUAUCUUCCUGUCAGAAACUGUUUUAAACACAACAAAACUCUUGGGCGUGCACUUGGAAUAUGUGCUGCUUUCUUGAUAAGUGGAGUGUUUCAUGAUUAUAUAACAAUAGUGACUUUUAAUUAUUUUUCGAUAGAUUAUACAAUUUUUUUCUUAUUUCAUGGAAUACUUUUGGUUUUGUGGGAAGCUGUUGAAGGUGAUAUUUUAGGAAGAGGAAAAGAUUUUAAAGAUAGUUUUGGAAUCAAGAUUUUUAAAAUGUCUUUAUUUUUACCAAUUGUAGUCUUUACUUUACCAUCAUUUGUGGAACCUUUUAUUAGGAGAAUACAUCUUAAGUCACAUUUGAAUAUAUAUACGAAUUUAACAAAAUGGUCUAAUGGGACAAUAUAUAAUCUUGAUUAA